AUUCUAUCCUAAGAGGAGGAGCUUUCCCAUCAUGCCUCAGCUCUCAGCAGGUAUAUAAAGAGCAGGUGAGGAGCUCAGGUACAGCAGCCUUCAGCCACCCAGAAGACUUCAACCAGCCGAUCACAGUCUGCAGACACAGACCCAACAUGACCACAUACAUCACUGAGCUUGACGUAUCUCUGAACGAUACAGAGGCGAGUUAUCUCAGAACACAGGACUUCAAACAGAUCUAUGUCAAUCUGAACAUGAAUGGAAGCCCUGAGGUUUAUCUCUGGUACAAAGAGGGCAGCAGCUCUCCAAUUACCAGGAUCCAGUUCUCCUUCACUGAUAGCAUGGCAGAGGGCCUGAAUGCUAGUGGGUUCGAAAAGGUUAAAAAAAACCUCAACACUGGAUCAUGUGGAGACAAUGUCUUCCUGUGGUAUUUCAAAGGUACCACAGAGAGUCAUGUUCCCAUCACAGAGAUUGAGGUGUCUCGUGAUGAUGAAGCCAGAAAGUUUAGCCUUGGCUGGGAGAGGAUGUCCUGCAAUCUGAACCGAGGCACUGGAAGAUCCUGGGCCUUCCUGUGGGUGAAGAGAGAGAAGAAGACCUACAUCCAGGACAUGAAAGUCACCGAUGGCUGUGACAAUGAUCAAGGCUAUCUUGAAAAAGGGUACAUCAGAGUAGAUGAGAGCACCAACAGAAGCACCUCAGGGAAGCCAGUCUUCCUCUGGUACCUUCCCACCAUCAAGAUGGAGGGGAGCUAUGUGUCCCUGAAAGUCUCCACCAAUGACAAAGAUUGUCAGAGAUACCAAAAGGAGGGCUUCCUUCAACUGACCCCCCCUGUAAAUCUCAACGAGGGGAAUCAGGGCAACAAAGUGUAUCUGUGGUACAAGAAGGAGGACCCUGGCCACAAACCGAUCCAGACCAUCACUCUGUUGUCCAACCAGAAGUUGAUUGCCGAUUAUAUGAAAGCUGGGGUCACAGUCCUCCAGGAGAACCUGAACUCAGGUUGUGGGUGUCCAUGCUUUCCUGCAACUCCACUUUUCCUGGGUUAUUAUAACUAAUCUCCAUGGUAACAGAGCUGAGCAUGCUCACUGAGUGAAAUGUUGCCUAAAGAAAAGGCUUCUGUUUAAUCAGUUUGGUGGUGGUGAUUUGUUUUUCUUCUUCUCCCUCCUAAAUGUCCCGACCAUGACCCAAAGAUUAAGAUACAACAUCCUCCCUGUUGAUGGAUUUUCUUUGGUUCAAUAAAGUUCUGUUUGCAUCUGAA